AUGAACGGAACGUUUUCGGCCUUUUUCUUUCCCCUCGAGCUGUCGCCGGCCAAUCCAAAUUGCCGCCUUGGAAGGAGUGGUGAUGAGGGUUAUGGUGACUACGACUCUGACUUAGGUAGCUCACGAGGUCCCUGGCCCCGUAUCGACAACUGUCGGGACUAUGAUAGUCCCUACCAAAUGAUGACCCAUGCAGACCCAGAAGUUGACCUUCCUGUCUCGGGUGACAUUCUUCCGAAGCUAUCCAAAGGCAGUUAUCGCCGAGGAAAAUCAGUUCAGAGCCCCAUGUUUGGCUCUCCAUCUCAAGGAGACGGUCCCACCGGUAUCCAAGGAAUCACGGCCAAGAGAGGAGACAAUCAGAUACUUGCCAGUGGCAUCUAA